CCAUUGCGGUUGGGCGUGACGAUGAAAAAUUCCGCUUGCGUUUCUAAACUUGUCUUCAACCUACAAAUGUUCGACGGACAUGUCGUGCGCAAUCUUGACUGUCAUGUAUUUUAACUCUUGACAGACGUCUUAAACACUAAUGAUGAUGCUUAGACUCCUAGGCAAAUUGCCCUGUAGAGGGAAGGGUCAUUCCCAGUUCACCUUGGGAGAGAAAUUUUAUCUAAGUCAGUCACUCUCAACAUCUGUCAGCCAACCUCUAAAUUUUGAUGUCGUCGUUGUUGGCGGUGGCCAUGCAGGAAGUGAAGCUUGUGCUGCUGCGGCAAGAAUGGGUGCCCGCACUCUGCUCAUUACUCACAAGAAAGAAACAGUUGGUGUCAUGUCUUGCAAUCCCUCCUUUGGAGGUAUUGGCAAAGGGCACUUAAUGAGAGAAAUUGACGCACUUGAUGGGUUGUGUGGAAGGAUUUGUGACAUUUCAGGCAUUCAAUACAAGGUCCUGAACACCAAAAAAGGCCCUGCUGUGUGGGGCCUUAGGGCACAGAUUGACAGAGCUCUAUACAAGGCAAAUUUGCAAAGAGAACUCUUUCAUAAUACUCCUAAUCUUACAGUAAUGGAGGCAUCAGUGGAAGACCUAAUCUUAAAUGAAUCAGUGAGUCAGAAUGGAACACAUCAGUGUAAUGGUAUUGUUCUCAGUGAUGGGAGCCAAAUUUUUAGUGAUGCUGUUGUUUUAACUACUGGUACAUUCCUCAAAGGGCAGAUAAAUAUUGGUUUAGAUGUUCGACCAGCUGGUAGACUAGGUGAUGCACCUGCUAUAGGCCUUGCCCUAACGUUAGAAAGAUUGAAAUUUAGAAUGGGCCGUCUAAAAACAGGAACUCCACCCCGGUUGGAUAAAAAUACUAUUAAUUUCAAAGUAUUGUCAGCAAAUGGUGGUGAUAAAAGACCUAUUCCAUUUUCGUUUCUAAAUGACUCAGUGUGGAUGAAGCCUGAGGAUCAAGUCGAUUGCCACCUGACAUACACAAAUGCGGAUGUAGCGAAUAUAAUUAAACAAAACCAACAUGUCAAUAGACAUAUCCGAGAAGAGGUCCUUGGACCACGAUAUUGUCCCUCUAUUGAGUCCAAAGUGCUAAGGUUUAAAAAAGAUGUUCAUCUAAUAUGGCUGGAACCAGAGGGCCUUACAAGUGAUAUAAUUUACCCCAAUGGGUUGUCUUGUACACUGCCAGAGGAGCUCCAGUUUAAAUUAGUGCGCAAAUUGCAUGGUUUGGAAAAUGUCACCAUGUUAUCUCCAGGAUAUGGUGUAGAAUAUGAUUUCGUUGAUCCUAGAGAACUACAGGCAUCUCUGGAAACAACAAAAAUUCCUGGUCUCUUUUUUGCUGGUCAAAUAAACGGAACCACUGGGUAUGAAGAAGCUGCAUCUCAAGGCAUUAUUGCUGGCAUAAAUGCAGCUUCUAAGGUUCUACACAAGUCACCUUUAACUGUUAGUCGAACAGAUGGUUAUAUUGGUGUUUUAAUAGAUGAUUUGACCACACAUGGGACCUCUGAACCAUAUAGAAUGUUCACUAGCCGAGCAGAAUUUAGACUUUCUCUUCGACCCGAUAAUGCUGAUUUAAGAUUGACAGAAAAAGGUUAUCAGCAUGGCUGUGUCUCAGAAAAACGUUACCAUCAUUUUUGUGAAACCAAAGAUAUUAUGAAUAAUGCAAUUUGCCUUUUGAAGGAAAUAAAGAUGCCAUUUAAUGUUUGGAGACAAAGAGUGCCUCUGCCGUCUUUUACUUCUCAGCAUGUCAGGAAUGCCUUCCAAAUUCUUGGUGAUGCAAAUUGCCAAUGUCCUCUUUCCACACUUGUGACCAGCUUGCCGGAGGACUUAGGUUCUCUAAAGAAUAUUAAUUAUACUACACAGCAACGCAUCUCUAUUGAAGCUCAGUAUAAUGAAGUUGUUGAAGCACAGUUUUCAGAUAUGGAAGAUAUGAGGAAGGAAGAAUCAUUCUUAAUACCGUCAAAUGUGGACUUCUCUGAUCCCUUGCUGGGUAUGUGUUAUGAAGACCAAGAAAAAAUUAGAAAAGUACAUCCACAAACUAUUGCUGCUGCCAGCAGGAUACCUGGAAUUCGGCCCAGUAGUUUAUUGAGGCUCAUGCAUUUCAUAUCAAAGAAUGAAACUAAACACGCAGCAAGCCAGCACACAUAAUUAAGUCUUUGAGUGCUAUGCUUUGCAGAUGAAAGGAGGAGGAGUAGGAGGAGCGUAAUAAAUAAGAUGACAAUUCAAAAA